UUCCUUGUGAGCGUAGUUGGUGUUAGCGCGCACUUGAUCUUUAGGUUUCCGCCUCUCGUCUCUGCUCUUCUCUUGCUGUUUCUAGAAGUUUAUCAGUGAAUUCUGAUGGAGCAAGGACAACAUACCAACAACACAGGUCCUGCCAGGAAGCAUAGAUUUGCGCCAAAAGCUCCCCCUCGCCGAGCACCCAAGCCCGAAGUUAAAGGUGAAAAGAAAGAGGAGGAUGCUGAAGUUGCUUUGGCCAGUGAUUUGCUUCGACGUUUUAAUGAAAGAUCCACGAGGUUCAGACCUAAAUCUGAUAGAAAAAUUGCAGCAAACCAAAUUGCAUUUGGUUAUGGAGGAGCAUCUUCUUCCAUUAAAUCAUACGGUGGUCCAAAAAGUUGGAGUGGGGGAAAAGAUCAAGGUGGUGCCAAUGCUCCGAUCCAGAUGGAGAAAGAAUACAAAGAACCAUGGGAUUAUUACAGUUAUUAUCCUGUCACGCUUCCUCUGAGGAGGCCAUAUUCAGGAAAUCCAGAACAUCUUGAUGAGCAGGAAUUUGGGGAGACCGCAAAAGUUGCAACUUAUGAUGAAAAUGCAACAAAUUCAGCAGUAGAGCUUGGUCUAUUGGAGGAACAUCUUGAGGCCAGUACGUUCUUUCUUCAGCUGCCACCUACCUUGCCCAUGCUAAAGCGAUCAGCCACUACGGAUGGCCAUGGUGCGAAGGAUAGUUCAGGCCAACCAGGACGUCCACGUGCUAAGGCUAAGGGCAGUGGUUUAGAUGAUUUAACCGCUGGCUUCAUGGGUAAAAUGUUAGUGUACAGGAGUGGUGCUGUCAAGCUAAAGCUUGGUGAUACUCUAUAUGAUGUUUCCCCUGGUAUGGAUUGCAUGUUUGCCCAGGAUGUUGUAGCUGUGAAUACUGCAGAGAAGCAUUGCUGUGUUAUUGCAGAGCUCAAUAAUCGUGCAACUAUAACCCCAGAUAUGGAUACCAUAUUGAGCAGUAUGGCUGAUCUAUGAAAGUUCUUUUUUUCUCAGCCUCAAACUCGUACUCUAAUAUCAAAAUUUUGAAGACUUCGUAUUUAUGGUAUGUAAUGUAAUGCAAUUAUUGAAAUUUAACUAAUAAAAAAAACACAGGCUUGGGCUGAACGGCCAUUCAUA